AUGAUCAAUAGAAUAAGCGUGGAUAAUGAAGUCGGAAUAACCGGACACGAAGAGAUCCAAGGAAUUAAUUUAACCAAAUAUCAAAGUACAAAAAAAUGGGAAUGGAGUCAUUUACGAGAUGGACAUUCUUAUUCUGUGAUACCAGACGUGUUCGUUUAUGCAUUUAGCUUAGCAAUCUUUCUAGUUGUACUUCUACCAGCAUUUCAAGAAGAUGUUUCCAACUUUUGGCGACCUUUUGCAUGUUCAUUUCUAGCGAUCUGUGUUCAAGUAGCUACGGACUUAAUGAUUCCCAUUUACCAUGCCAUAAAUACUCAAGACUUUCGCCACUUAAGGCCGAUGUACGCUUCACACAACCUCCUGAUUAUCUACAUCUUCUUACCGAUAUCCGAUAAUGUCAUUGUUAGUCUCAUGGGUUUAAUGACAAGUGUUUGUUACGUUAUGGUGAUGGUGUUCGUCUCUUAUUCAUCGGACGACCAUAUCAUAAUUAAAGUGUUAUCAGAAAGUUUCUUCCUACUCUGUAUAAACAUUAUUGGAAUUUACUUCCGAAUCACAAAUGAAAUUGACAUCCGAAGAAAUAUUCUUGAUCGAAGAGAAUGCGUGCAAAAGAAUUUAUCAUUAAAGUAUGAAAGAAAUCAAGAGAAGGAAUUACUGUUAAGCAUCUUACCAGAACAUAUCGCCGAGAAAAUGGAGAAAGAUAUCAAGCACAUGAUCAAGAAGUUGAAUGAAAGGGAGAGAACAAAAAAUAAACUUUACGCUGAAAAACAUUCCAACGUGUCAAUUUUAUACGCUGAUGUCGUCAGAUAUACGCAAAUGACAUCUCAAUUGCCAGUCCGAACAUUGGUCGAAACGUUACACGAGUUGUUUGUGAAGUUUGAUGAGGCAUCAAUUGAGCAUAAUGUUCUGCGCAUUAAGUUCUUAGGCGAUUGUUAUUACGGAGUUUCCGGAGUACCAAUAAAAGACAAAAGACAUGCUAAAAAUUGUGUUGAUUUGGGCUUAAGAAUGAUUCGAGAUAUUCGUGAAUUGCGAGCUUCAAGAAAGAUCAACAUUGAUAUGAGAAUAGGCGUUCAUUCAGGAAGCAUAAUUGGCGGUGUUAUGGGAUCUUGUAAAUGGCAAUAUGACAUUUGGUCGAAAGAUGUUGUUAUCGCCAAUAAAAUUGAGUCAACAGGCGUAACGGGGAAAGUUCAUAUAACGGCACAGACUCUUGAGCUUCUUCACGGAGAAUACAGUUACGAGGAAGGAACCAUAAACGCUCGAAAUGACGAAUUUUUAGUUAAAAAUAACAUCAAAACAUUUCUCAUCACACCCAAGAAGACCAGUGUCGUUAAUGACAUGCAAAUUAGGAAAGUAAGUAAAGACAGGAGUAAUGUAAAUCACACCAAACCGGACGAUAUGUCGACAAUAUCUGAGAUUGCGGCUGCAAACAGAAAGAAUUUUAUGAUGAAUUCAAUGGAACAGUUUCGUGAUAUUAUGAAACAAACAAACAUAGAAAUGGAGUUGGAAUUGGAAAGAAUGCCAAUUGGAAAGUUUCAAUUAAUGAAAUAUGUUACGCAAAGAAAAUUAACAACUCCGGUGCCAAGUCGAACAUUUUACGGCAGCGGUUCAAUCUCCGAGUUCGAAGACUUUAGUUAUCAAGCCAAAAAGAUUAAUAAACCUUCAAAACUUCUGCUUCGAUUUGCCAAUCCAAGUUGGGAAUGGAGUUUUCUGAAUCAAGCUGAUGUGUUGCUUAAGUAUAGCGUUUUUAUGAGCUGCAUCGUGUUGUUGACGAUUUUCUCAAUUCAAGUUUUAAAUCAAUCUAAUGGAAUUUUAUUUUACUGGUGUACAACGGUGUCAGCAUUGCUAAUAAUCGCGAUCGUCCCCUUCGUAUGGUUUAAGAAGAUUUGGGAUUUCAUUAAACCUGUUCACGAUUCAGAUGGAUCGAUGGUUGUCCCGCCUAGAAAUCGACUUUUAAAAGCUCUUUAUGACUUUUCGUUCGAUAUCAUGUCGAAUGCAUAUUGGAGAACGGCAAUUUACUUAGUUGUUGUGAUUGUUCUGACCGUCGUUUCGUUGCUUCAUUUGGUAGAAUGCUAUGAGAUGGAAUGUCAAGAUAGCAAGUGCAACGAUAACUAUGAAGAUUACAGCAAAUUCUCAACAUGUCUCAACUCAUGGUCGGUCACUCAAUGUCUCGUUCUCUCCAUUUGCAUGUGCUUCCUUUUCUUAAGAAUCCAUUUCUUACUGAAGCUGGCGGUGGCAGCCAUCAUUAAUGCAGUUUAUUAUUACAUAAUCUUUUAUUGGGUUGAAUAUAUUUACGAUGAUAGCGCAACGGCAAAUCCAGCGAUGGACUCAAAGCUGGCACAUUUCUUGAAGGUUGCAGUUUCUACGGUUAUUUUUCAUAUUAUCGAUCGUCAGUCUGAGUACAUAUUACGUGUUGGUUUUAUUUGGAAGCAAAAACUUGCUGAAAAGAAAAGAACGUCAAUGAUUACAAAAGAAACGAAUAAGAUUCUCGUCCACAACAUUUUGCCAGUUCAUGUCGCUGAACUGUACUUGAACUCACAAAUUAAAAAUGAGCUUUAUAACGAAGAGUAUGAGAGUGUCGCUGUGAUGUUUGCGACGAUUAUGAAUUUUGACACUUCAUCAAACACAAUUGACGGUGAGAGCAACGAGUUGAAAAGUUUGAAUGAAAUUAUUUGUGCUUUCGAUGAGAAAAUCUUAACAAAAACGGGACGAAUAAAGAUUGAGAAGAUUAAAGUUGCUGGAUGGUCCUACAUGUGUGCUUGUGGCUUGGAACCAGGUCAAAGCGACUCAAAUUCGUCAACACUUAAGGGAAUCUACGAUGGAAGACGAAGUUUAGCUAUUAAUUCGAUAAUACUUAGAAACCAACUUUCGCCUCGAGUUCACAAAAUGAGUGUUCGACAAUCGAAUAAUGUUGUGAUCACACUCGUUGAGUUUGCUUUAGAGUUAAUGAGAGUUCUUAAGAAGAUUAGUGAAGAGAAUGAAAAUUUCAAAGACAAGCCGCCUUUGCAGCUUCGCGUUGGGAUUUCUCAUGGGAAGGUGAUGGCGGGAGUUGUUGGUGCUUUGAAGCCGCUUUACGAUAUUUGGGGGAAUAGCGUUAAUAUGGCAUCAAGAAUGGAUUCAACUGGAAUCCCCGGAAAGAUUCAGGUUACUAAAGAAACUGCCAACGUUCUCAAAUGUUUCGGCAUCGAGUGUCAAUUUAGAGGUGAAAUAAAUGUGAAAGGAAAGGGACUCAUACCGACAUUCUUCGUUUCAAUAAACGAGUCACUUGAGUUCGAGAAAGACAAUGACACUGACACUCAAGCUCAAUCAUUAAAAACAAACUUAAACUCAUUAAGAAAUCAUCUUUGAUUUUACGUCAACGUGGAGAUUAAACAUUUGCUCAACAAUUCAUCAUAUCAGGAAUGAUUCAUAAUUAGGAUAAAUUAAAUAAAUAAUAAAAAGCUUUUGUAACAAUAUUAAGUAUAAAA